AUGCCAUACUCCAAAACUGCAAUUAUUUCAGUUAAUGACAAAACUGGUCUUUUAGAUCUUGCCAAGGGUCUGAUUGAAAACAAUGUCCGUAUCUUAGCUUCAGGUGGUACUGGUGCCAUGAUUCGUGAAGCUGGGUUUCCUGUAGAAGAUGUUUCUUCAGUGACACAUGCCCCAGAAAUGCUAGGUGGUAGAGUUAAAACUUUACAUCCUGCUGUGUAUGGUGGUAUUCUUUCAAGAGAUAUGGAAAGUGAUGAAAAUGAUUUAAAAGCUCAAAAUAUCGAAAAAAUUGAUUUUGUGGUAUGUAAUUUAUAUCCAUUUAAAAAGACAGUUGCUAAAAUUGGUGUUACAAUUGAUGAAGCUGUCGAAGAUAUUGACAUUGGUGGUGUUACUCUAUUAAGAGCUGCUGCCAAAAAUCAUUCAAGAGUAACUAUCUUAUCCGAUCCAGAGGAUUAUCCAGCUUUCUUAAAUGAAAUUCAACAAAAUAAAAACGUUAUAUCUCAAGACUUAAGAAAUAGUUUGGCUUUGAAAGCUUUCGAACAUACUGCUGAUUAUGAUGCUGCUAUUGCUGAUUUUUUCAGAAAGCAAUAUUCAGAAGAUAUCGCUCAAUUACCUUUACGUUACGGUAAUAAUCCUCAUCAAAAACCUUCUCAAGCCUUUGUUGCUUUGCAAAAGGAAUUACCAUUUAAAGUUUUAAGUGGCUCGCCAGGUUAUAUCAAUUUAUUGGAUGCCUUAAACUCUUGGCCACUAGUCAAAGAAUUAUCAGCUUCUUUAAAUUUACCAGCUGCUGCUUCUUUUAAACAUGUUUCUCCAGCAGGUGUCGCCGUUGGUUUACCAUUAAAUGAUAUUGAAAAACAAAUUUAUUUCGUUCAAAAUAUUGAAAACUUAUCUCCAUUAGCAUGCGCCUACGCUAGAGCUCGUGGUGCUGAUAGAAUGUCAUCCUUUGGUGAUUGGAUUGCUUUAUCGAAUAUCGUUGAUAUUCCAACUGCUGAAAUAAUAUCAAAAGAAGUAUCUGAUGGUGUUAUUGCACCAGGUUUCGAACCUGAGGCCUUAGAAAUCUUAAAGAAAAAGAAGAAUGGUAAAUACUGUAUUUUACAAAUUGAUCCAACUUACGAACCUGAACCAUUGGAAACAAGACAAGUUUAUGGUAUUAGUUUACAACAAAAGAGAAACGAUGCCAUUAUUAAUAAAUCCUCUUUUAGAGAAAUUGUUUCAGCAAAUAAACAACUAACAGAACAAGCAGUUAUUGAUUUAACUUUGGCUACUUUAGCAUUAAAAUACACUCAAUCAAACUCUGUUUGUUAUGCUAAAAACGGUAUGGUUAUUGGUCUUGGUGCUGGUCAACAAUCAAGAAUACACUGCACUAGAUUAGCUGGUGAUAAGGCUGAUAAUUGGUGGUUAAGACAACAUCCAAAGGUCUUGAAUAUUAAAUGGGCUAAGGGAGUUAAGAGACCUACUAAAUCAAAUGCCAUCGAUUUAUAUGUCACAAACCAAAUCCCAACUGAAGAUCCGGAAAAGGGUCAAUACCUUGAAUGUUUCGAAGAAGUUCCAACUCCAUUAACUGAAGAAGAAAGAAAAGAAUGGAUUAGUAAACUAAAUAAUGUUUCUUUAUCAUCUGAUGCAUUUUUCCCAUUCCCUGAUAAUGUUUAUCGUGCUGUUAAGUCAGGUGUCAAAUAUAUUGCGGCUCCUUCUGGUUCUGUACAGGAUAAGGAGGUAUUUGCUGCAGCUGAUGCUCACGACUUAGUUUAUGUAGAGAACCCAAUUAGAUUAUUCCAUCAUUAG